AUGUCUUCAUCAAAUAAUGCCGACAAGGACGACUUCAUAGAUAACUCAAAUGUGGAGUACGAGUUGAAAGAUGCCUCAAAAUUGAGACGAAGGAGCUUUAAUGAUCUUGAAAAUGAAAAUAUAGUCGAAUAUUUUGGUAAAUCUACCGACCAGUCUAGCUCCAAUGAAGAUCUGUCGUAUGCAGGUAGAAAAAAAUGGUAUGAGCUAGGGGUGAAAGAGCCUCAUCUUAAGAGAUUUAUUGAUUCUUUCAAAAGAGCAGAAGAAGGUACUGAAGAAACGAAGCAUAUGGAAACUGAGCUAACCACCACCUUGUCUCCUCUAUCUGCAGCCAUAAAAGAGCAUGACGUUGCUAUUACAAGCAAAGAAGAGGAUGCUCAUCUACGUAAAUCUAUCCAACCUCGUCAUGUGUUGAUGAGUUCUCUUGCUACAGGUGUUGGUACCGGUUUACUGGUUGGUAACGGUUCUGCUUUACACAAGGCUGGUCCUGCAGGAUUAGUCAUAGGUUAUGCUAUUAUGGGUACAUGCUUGUACUGUAUCAUUCAAGCUUGUGGUGAAAUGGCCGUAUCGUAUAGUAACCUGCCAGGUAAUUUUAACGCUUAUCCAACUUUUUUGGUAGAUGAAGGCUUUGGAUUUGCUGUGGCUUGGGUAUACUGUAUUCAAUGGCUAUGCGUUAUGCCAUUAGAACUGGUUACAGCGUCUAUGACCAUAGAUUAUUGGACCACCAAAGUAAAUAAUGACAUCUUCGUGGUUAUUUUUUAUGUUUUAAUCAUUUUAAUCAACGUUUUUGGUGCGAAAGGGUAUGCGGAGGCCGAUUUUUUCUUUAAUACCUGCAAAGUUUUGAUGAUUACAGGGUUUUUCAUUUUAGCAAUAAUUAUCAAUGCUGGUGGUGCAGGCACAAGUGGCUACAUUGGUGCCAAAUAUUGGCAUGACCCAGGUGCAUUCAGAGGUGACAGAAGUAUCGAUCGGUUCAAAGAUGUUAUGGCAACUUUCACAACAGCUGCAUUUGCAUUUGGUGCAUCAGAAUUCAUUGCCAUCGGUGCUAGUGAACAAUCUAAUCCACGUCGUGCCAUUCCAUCUGCAGCUAAAAUAAUGAUUUACAGAAUUUUAUUCAUCUUCUUGAGUUCCAUUGCUUUAGUGGGAUUUUUGGUUCCUUACGAUUCUUCCGAACUGAUGGGCUCUGGAAGUGGAGGUACUAAAGCGUCACCUUAUGUCCUUGCAAUUUCUUCGCAUGGUGUUAGGGUUGUUCCACAUUUUAUAAAUGCAGUUAUUUUAUUGGCCGUUCUAUCAGUGUCUAAUUCUGCUUUCUACUCCAGUUGCCGUAUUUUAUUUUCUUUAUCACAACAGGGAUACGCGCCACAAUGGUUCAAUUAUAUUGACAGAGAAGGUAGACCUGCCAGAGCUAUGAUUAUAUCGAUUUUGUUUGGUAUCAUCGCAUUCUGUGCAUGCUCAUCAAAAGAAGAAGAAGUUUUUACAUGGCUAUUGGCUAUUUCUGGUCUGUCACAAAUUUUUACUUGGAUGGCAAUCUGUCUUUCCCAUAUUAGAUUCAGAAGAGCAAUGCAUGUUCAAGGAAGGUCUAUCAGCGAGUUAGGAUUUAGGUCGCAAUUAGGUGUAUGGGGUUCUGUCUAUGCUGCUACCAUGUUAUUUUUAGCAUUGAUUGCAGAAUUCUGGGUAUCAAUUGCGCCAAUUGGUGAGGAUCAUCUUGACGCUAAAAGUUUCUUUGAAAAUUAUUUGGCAAUGCCAAUUUUAAUUGUCUUUUACUUUGGUUACAAGAUAUACAACAGAGAUUGGAAGUUGUUUAUCAGAGCGAAAAAUAUUGAUCUAAUAACACACAGAAAUAUCUUCGAUGCUGAAAUCAUCAGGCAGGAGGAGGAAGAGUAUAGAGAACAGUUAAAAAAUGGCCCCACCUGGAAAAGAUUAGUACACUUUUGGUGUUAG